GUUGUACAGAAUUCUAAAAACUUCUCCUUAUAUAUUUGUAAAACUCUUGUUCUCAAAGAUCAAGCGGUGACUUUCGUCCAAAGUUCCAACUUCUUAAGCAAUGGGAUGGUGGAGGUCCUAUGCUGGUGACGAGAGAUUUUCUAGCUCAACUCUCACUAUUUUGAUCAGUAUAUUUGUGGUGUUAUGGUUGGCCGUCAAGAAUCAAAGAAAGGCUGCAAUACCUCCAUUGCCACCAGGUCCUCGUGGCUUGCCAAUAGUUGGGUACCUUCCAUUUGUAGGUACAGAAUUACAUACAAAAUUUCAUGAACUAUGUGGGAUCUAUGGCCCCAUCUAUAAGGUUUGGCUUGGAAAUAAAUUGUCCAUUGUAAUUAGCUCACCCUUGCUAGUUAAAGAAGUUGUUCGUGACCAAGAUGCAAUAUUUUCCAACUGUGAUAUUAACAUAGUUGGACAUACUGUCACAUAUGGGGGAGCCGAUAUUGCUCUUUCCUUGAAUAGUCCUGACUGGAAGAUGUUGCGGAAGAUAUUUGUGAGAGAAAUGUUAAGUCCAGCAAAUCUUGAUAGUACUUUCCCUUUAAGGAGAGAAGAGGUAAGGAACACCAUUAGAAAUGUGUACAACAAAAAAGGCACCCCUAUAGAUUUAGGGGACAUGGCGUUUGUUACGGUGAUGAAUGCCAUCAUGAACAUGUUGUGGGGUGGCACGCUACGUGGAGUGGAAGGGGCUAUGUUUGGAGCAGAGUUUAAGCACAUCUUUGAUGAAUUAAUGAUGAUUCUUGGAAAACCAAAUGUUUCAGACCUUUUCCCUACUUUAGCAGGGUUUGAUUUACAAGGGAUCGGAAGGAAAGCAAAGAGAAUUUCCGAAACCAUUGAUGGAGUACUUGAUUAUGCUAUUGACAAACAGAUCAAGAGUUUGGCCAAAGCUAAAGAAGAGGGAACGUCAAAGACAGGAAAAAAGGACUUUUUGCAAGUUCUCUUGGAACUAAGGGAGCAAGACAACGGUGCACCAUCAAUGAGCAUGACCCAAGUCAAGGCCAUGCUUCUUGUAAGAGUGACACAAUGA